AUGGACCCCUAUUCCGCCGAGGGCGAGCUCAUCAACAUCCACAAUCACUUCCACCAGGGCCAGUACCAGGAGGUCGUCGACUUCGACACGUCCUCCUUCUCCCCCGAGAACGCCCUGCCCGCGCGCGUCCUGCAACUGCGAGCCCGCAUCGCCCUUGGCCAGGCCGAGGAUGUUCUCGCCGACGUGAAGGGCGAGUCGGUGCCCGAUCUCGAGGCCCUCGGUGCCUUUGCAGAGUACACCCUUGGCAAGACCGACGCCGCGGUUGCGACGAUCCAGAAGCUCGCCCAGUCGGCGGCGGACAACGUCACUGUCCAGAUCAUUGGCGGGACGGUGCUUCAGGCGUCGGGCAACUCGGACGAUGCUCUGGCGCUGCUGUCGCAACAUCAAGCAAGCUUGGAAGCCGUUGCCUUGAUUGUGCAGAUCCACUUGCAACAGAACCGAACCGACCUCGCUGUCAAGGAAGUCGCCGCAGCACGGAGAUGGGCGCAAGAUAGCCUGUUGGUCAACUUGGCAGAGUCCUGGGUCGGACUGAGAGUGGGCGGUGAGAAAUACCAGCAAGCGUUCUACGUCUACGAGGAGCUCGCUCAGGCGCCAUCGACCGCAUCGAUACGGAGUCUGGUCUCCCAGGCCGUGUGUGAGCUGCACCUGGGUCGGCUAGAGGAGGCGCAGACCGCUCUCGAGCAGGCGCUGCAAAAGGAGCCGGGAUACGUCGAGGCGAUUGCCAACCUUUUGGUGCUCAAGGUUGUUUCUGGAAACGAUGCUACGGAGUUGACAGAGUCUCUGAAGAAGGCAGAGCCCAACCACCAGUUCCUGGUCGAUUUGGCAGAGAAGAGCGAGCUGUUUGACAAGGCGGCGGCCAAGUACAGCGCCAAGGUGGCCUCAUAG